CAAAGUGCGAAAAUGAGGGCUUGCUUUCUCUCUGUUAUGUCUACAUAGAACAAGCUCAUAAAUAAAUAAAUACACACAUACAUAUAUAUAUAUAUAUGACACACACACACGUGUAUAUAUAUAUAUAAUCAAAUUUGCUCAGCUUCUUCGAUCUGUAAGUUAAUUACUUCAUGCAUCAAUUUUCGGUUUGUUUUUUUUAUUAAUGCUGUAAAUUGAAUCAAACAAUUUCCCAAUUUUGGGGUUUGAUUUGAUCCAAUAAAAACCCUAUAUCUUUCCAGUUUUGUGAUUAAUUCAAUUAAUUGAAGUUUUGAGGUUGGAUCUGGUACUUAAUUAGCUCAAUUUUGGAGUUUAGUCAAUUUUGUUAGAAAUUAGGGUUAGGGUUAGGGAUUUAAUUGAGUUAUUAAGUUAGAUGGCUUCAAAUCCUCCAUUUUUAGUGGAGGAUCAAACAGAUGAGGAUUUCUUCGAUAAAUUGGUCAGUGAUGAUGACGAUAAUGUGGGCCCGGGCCCGGGCUUGGGAGUGAGCCCGAGCCCGGUGUAUGUUGAUGGGAAUGAAUCUGAUGAGGUUAAAACCUUUGCUAAUCUCAGUAUUAGUGAUGAUGUUGAUAGCGGAGUUAAGGUAACUGCGUUGUCAGCGGGCCCGGCCGGGGGCCUGGGUGUGAGCCCGGUGAAUGUCAAUAGUGGAGUUGAUGGUAUAAGUGGUGAUAGUAUGAAGGAAGGGGAGAAAAUAGAUAAAGGGGUUGAUUGCAAUGCAAAAACGGGCUCGGGCUUGGGCGCGAGCGUGAGCCCAGUGUAUGUUGAUGGAAAUGAAUCUGAUGAGGUUAAAGACUUUGCUAAUCUUAGUAUCAAUGAUGGUGGUAUAAGUGGUGAUACUGGGAAGGAAGAGGAGAAAGUAGAUAAAACGGCGUUGGUAGUUGAGGGGAACAGAGAGAAGAGUAGUGGUUCUUUAGUGUCAUUGACUUCUGGGGGGUCAGAUGGUAAUUUGGAGAGUGAGGUAACUAGUGUUAAGACGGAGAAUCAUACCAGUGGAUCAGGCAAUACGGGUGUGAAGGAAGUUGGAUGGAGUGCUUUUCAUGCUGAUCCAGUUACAAAUGACGGUUCUGGGUUUGGAUCCUACAUGGACUUCUUCAGUGAAUUGGGGGAUAAUAACGGUGCUGCAACGGGAAAUGUGAAUAAGGGGUCAACUGUUUUGCCAGCUGAACCGGUUCAUGAAACAGCAUAUUUUGAGAAUACUAGUUCGUUAACACAGGGUCAAGAUGGUUAUGCACAUGAUGCUACCACAGAACAAGUUGCAGAUGGACAGGAUGUAAAUUGUAGUCAGUAUUGGGAAAAUCUUUAUCCCGGAUGGAAGUAUGAUGCAAGUACCGGGCAGUGGUAUCAGGUGGAAAGUUAUGAAUCAGGAGCUAAUGUACAAGGAAAUACUGAUUCUAAUUUGGUUUCUGAUUGGUCAGUUUCUGAUGGAACGCCAGAGGUCUCGUACCUACAGAAAACUGCUCAAUCUGUUUCUGGUAAUGUGGCUGAGACGGGUACGACUGAGAGUGUCACUAAUUGGAAUCAGGUUUCACAGCUAAACGACGUGCCUGAGAAUGUGGCAAACUGGAAUCAGGCUUCGCCGGCGAGUGACAGUAGGGGGGCUGUGACUGACUGGAACCAGUUGUCACUAGCUAGUGAUGUAGGUGGGGUCACGACUGACUGGAAUCAGGCUUUGCAGGCGAGUGACUAUGGGGGUGCUGUGACUGACUGGAAUCAGGCAUCACAACUUUACAAUGGGUAUCCAUCACAUAUGGUUUUUGAUCCUCAAUACCCUGGUUGGUAUUAUGAUACAAUUGCACUGGAAUGGCGUUCUUUGGAAAGCUACACAUUGUCUGCUCAAUCAACUGUUCAAGGUGAGAGCCAGCUGGAUCGUUUGGCUUCUCAGCAGACUUUCUCUAACAGCAAUGAUCAGACGAAUUAUGGUGCAUACGGGCACAAUCAGAAUAGUAGUUUCCAAGGGUUUAGCAGCGGUGGAGGAGAUAACAACUGGUCUGGUUCUUUUGGUAAUUAUAAUCAGCAUAGCUCAAAUAUGUUGCAAAAUGAAAAUGUUGCAAAGAGUAACCCUGUGUCAGAAUAUAGGGGGAACCAUCAAUUAGAGAACCACUACAACCAAGACUUCUCUGCGAGCAGCCAUGUUAAUAGGCAAUUCUCUAAUCAUUAUGAGGGAACAGUUCCAUACAAUGCACAAGCAAGUCAAAUUCAAAACGACCAACACUUUUUCUCUGGUGGGAGUUUCGGUCAGCAAUUUAGCCAGCCAACAUUUCAGCAACAUGAGCAGAAGCAUGCAUCAAGUGAUUAUUACGGGACUCAAACCACAGCCAAUUAUUCCCAGCAAGCAUUUCAGAGCAGCCAGCAGUUUGCUCAUGCUCCCACUGCAGGAAGAUCAUCUGCUGGCCGUCCAGCCCAUGCUUUGGUCACUUUUGGUUUUGGUGGAAAACUGAUUGUGAUGAAAGAUUAUAGUUCUUCUGGAAACCCAUCCUUCGGAAGUCAGAAUCCUGUAGGAGGCUCAAUAUCUGUGCUCAAUUUGAUGGAUGUUGUCUCUGAGAGAGUUGACAGCUCAAGCCUUGCGAUGGGGGCAUGUGACUAUACCCGAGUUUUGUGCCAGCAAUCAUUCCCUGGUCCACUAGUUGGUGGAAGUCCCAGUAUCAAGGAGUUGAAUAAAUGGAUUGAUGAGAGGAUUUCAAACUCUGAAUCUCCUGACAUGGAUUACAGGAAAGGCGAAGUUUUGAGGUUGCUUCUGUCAUUGCUAAAAAUAGCAUGUCAACAUUAUGGAAAACUUCGUUCUCCUUUUGGUACUGAGGCUGCGUUGAAGGAAAGUGAUGUUCCAGAAACAGCGGUAGCCAGGUUGUUUGCUUCUGUGAAGGGGAACGGGACGCAACUCAAUCAAUAUGGCACUGUUGCCCAGUGCUUGCAGCAAUUGCCUUCUGAAGGGCAGAUGCGGGCUACUGCUGCUGAGGUGCAAAGUCUUCUAGUAUCUGGAAGAAAGAAAGAAGCAUUACAAUGUGCACAAGAGGGGCAGUUGUGGGGGCCAGCUCUUGUUCUGGCUGCACAACUUGGUGAUCAGUUCUAUGUAGAAACGGUGAAGCAAAUGGCACUUCGACAGUUAGUAGCAGGGUCACCUUUGCGGACACUGUGCCUACUAAUUGCAGGUCAACCGGCUGAUGUCUUUUCUGUAGAUUCUACAGCUCAAAGUGGGAUGCCUGUUGUAAAUGCAGUUCAACAGCCUGCACAGUUUGGUGCUAAUAUCAUGCUGGAUGACUGGGAAGAGAAUUUAGCUGUGAUUACUGCAAACAGAACGAAGGAUGACGAACUGGUGCUUAUUCAUCUUGGCGAUUGUUUGUGGAAAGAAAGGAGUGAUAUUGUUGCUGCACACAUUUGCUAUCUAGUGGCUGAAGCAAACUUUGAACAAUAUUCAGACACCGCAAGAUUAUGUCUUGUGGGUGCAGAUCACUUGAAAUUCCCCCGAACUUAUGCUAGUCCAGAGGCUAUUCAGAGGACUGAGAUUUAUGAAUACUCAAAGGUGCUGGGGAAUUCUCAAUUUAUUCUCCUUCCUUUUCAACCAUAUAAACUUGUGUAUGCACACAUGUUAGCUGAAGUUGGGAGGAUAUCCGACGCAUUGAAGUACUGUCAAGCAUUGUCAAGAUCACUUAAAACUGGCCGAACCCCUGAGACUGAAACAUUGAGACAGUUAGUUUCAUCUCUUGAGGAAAGGAUUAAAACUCACCAACAGGGAGGGUUCUCCACAAAUUUGGCUCCUGCAAAAUUGGUUGGUAAAUUGCUUAACCUUUUUGAUAGCACGGCUCAUCGUGUUGUUGGGGGCUUACCACCACCGAUGCCAACAAGUGGCAGUUCACAAGGUAAUGAACAUCAUCAUCAGUUUGCGGCGCCUAGAGUCUCAAGUAGUCAAUCAACCAUGGCAAUGUCAUCACUGAUCCCCUCAGAGCCAGCAAGUGAAUGGGCAGCUGAUAACAGUCGAAUGACAGUACACAAUAGAAGUAUUUCAGAGCCUGACAUUGGAAGAACUCCAAGACAGGAUCAGGUUGACUCAUCAAAGCAACGAAGCUCAAGUAACACAGCAAGCAGUGCAUCAGGAGCUGGAGUGACAUCACGCUUUCGUGGCUUUAAUUUUGGCUCCCAGCUUCUCCAGAAAACUGUUGGAUUAGUCCUCAAACCACUGAACAGUCAAGGCCGUCAGGCAAAAUUGGGAGAUACAAAUAAAUUUUAUUAUGAUGAAAAACUUAAAAGAUGGGUAGAGGAAGGCGCUGAACUUCCUGCUGCCGAACCGCCCCUUGCACCUCCACCAACCGCUGCUGCUUUGCAGAAUGGAGCACCAGAUUAUAAUGUGAAGAGUGUAUUGAAAAGUGAAAGUUCUAUGUGCAACAAUGGUUUUCCGGAAAUGAGUCCAACUUCUGCUGAUAAUGGUGCGGGAAUCCCACCUCUUCCGCCUACCUCCAACCAAUUCUCAGCUCGUGGUCGUAUGGGUGUCCGGUCAAGGUACGUUGACACAUUCAACAAAGGUGGUGGUAACCCAACAAAUCUAUUCCAGUCACCUUCUGUUCCUUCCAUAAAGCCAGCUAUUGCUGGCAACGCCAAGUUUUUUGUUCCCACCCCAAUGUCCCCUGUUGAAGAGACGGGGAACGGUACUUCCAAUGAGCAAGAAACUUCAAGUAAUAGUGAGAAUGAUUCAACCACUGCUGUUAAUGGAUCGUUCCAUUCUCCUGCUCCAACAUCAACCUCCGCGCCUAUGCAAAGAUUUGCAAGCAUGGACAACCUCUCCAAUAAAGGAGCUGGUGGGACUGGCUCUCUAUCAGCUUACUCCCGGAGAACUGCAUCAUGGAGCGGAAACUUUCCGAAUGCUUACUCCCCAAAUAAAUCUGAAGUAAAACCACCGAGUGCUGGAUUGAGUAUGCCUCCGUCGUCAUUCAUGCCUAGUGAUGCUAAUUCGAUGGAUUCCUCAACAAAUGGUGGCAGUUUCAGUGAUGACCUUCAUGAAGUAGACCUGUGACGCAACAAGAUGUACAUACUAAGUUUUGCUCGUCGUCGUGGUAUCCUGCUCGGAAUCUCUUCACUUCGUUGGUAAGCAGUGAAGUGUGGUCAAUGAAGCUGGAAAACGCUUUGCUCUCCCAUCUUUCUCGCACCACAAUAUACCUUUUUCUCCUCUCUUAUAAUUUACCUACUUUUUUGUAAGAUCAGUUGUAUGUUGUAAGCAAUUUGCUUAUUUAGCUGUUUACCUGCAGGGGUAUAGUUUUUUUAUUUUUUGUUCUUCUCUCUCUCUUAACACCUGCUGUUUCAGAGACUUGUUAUUAUAAUUUAUAACACAAGGAAAGUGGCCUGAGAAACAUUGUACAGUUGAUUUAUUCAUUUAUUGAGGAAAAAUGAACUCUCAUUUGAUGAA